GACAUUUUAACCAGUCAGCCCAGCACCAAUCUAAACUGACCCCAGCCCAGCCCGGCCUUAUGCCUCUGACAGCCCAGCAGUGUGGAGCAGACCCACAGAGAGGGGAGGCGUGCAGUGGCAUGGAAGGGCCAGCGGGCUAUCUGCGUCGGGCCAGUGUGGCCCAACUGACCCAGGAGUUGGGCACUGCCUUCUUCCAGAAGCAGCAGCUGUCAGCUGCCAUGGCAGACACCUUCCUGGAACACCUUUGUCUGCUAGACAUUGACUCUGAGCCUGUGGCUGCUCGCAGUACCUGCAUCAUUGCCACCAUUGGGCCGGCGUCUAGCUCCGUGGAGCGCCUCAAGGAGAUGAUCAAGGCCGGGAUGAACAUCGCGCGACUCAACUUCUCCCAUGGCUCCCAUGAGUAUCACGCCCAGUCCAUCGCCAACAUCCGGGAGGCAGCGGAGAGCUUUGCGACUUCCGCGUUCAGCUACAGGCCGGUGGCUAUAGCCCUGGACACCAAGGGGCCGGAGAUACGCACUGGGACUCUGGGCUCGGAUUCGGAAGUGGAGCUGGUCAAGGGUUCACGGGUGCUGGUGACCGUGGACCCGGCCUUCCAGACGCGGGGGGACGAGAACACCGUGUGGGUGGACUACCCCAAUAUCGUCCAGGUUGUGCCCGUAGGGGGCCGCAUCUACAUUGAUGAUGGACUCAUCUCUCUAGUGGUCCAGAAAAUCGGCCCAGAAGGGCUGGUGACACAAGUGGAGAACGGUGGCAUCCUGGGCAACCGGAAGGGUGUGAAUUUGCCGGGUGUCCAACUGGACCUUCCGGGGCUGUCAGAACAGGAUGUCCGAGACCUGCGCUUCGGGGUGGAGCACGGCGUGGACAUUAUCUUUGCCUCUUUUGUGAGGAAAGCCAGUGAUGUGGCUGCCGUCAGAGCUGUUCUGGGGCCGGAAGGACAGAAUAUCAAGAUCGUCAGCAAAAUUGAGAACCACGAAGGUGUGAAGAGGUUUGAUGAAAUCCUAGAAGUGAGUGAUGGCAUUAUGGUGGCACGAGGGGACCUAGGCAUCGAGAUCCCAGCGGAGAAGGUUUUCCUGGCUCAGAAGAUGAUGAUUGGGCGCUGCAACUUGGCGGGCAAGCCUGUUGUCUGUGCCACACAGAUGCUUGAGAGUAUGAUCACCAAGCCACGGCCAACAAGGGCAGAGACAAGUGAUGUGGCCAACGCCGUGCUGGAUGGAGCAGACUGCAUCAUGCUGUCAGGGGAGACCGCCAAGGGCCACUUUCCUGUGGAAGCUGUAAAGAUGCAGCAUGCGAUUGCCCGGGAGGCAGAGGCUGCAGUGUACCACCAACAGCUGUUUGAGGAGCUACGUCGGGCAGCACCACUGAGCCGUGACCCCACUGAGGUCACUGCUAUUGGUGCUGUAGAGGCCGCCUUCAAGUGCUGUGCUGCUGCCAUCAUUGUGCUGACCACAACUGGCCGCUCAGCUCAGCUUCUGUCUCGCUACCGACCUCGGGCAGCAGUCAUUGCCAUCACCCGCUCUGCCCAGGCUGCCCGCCAGAUCCACCUGUGCCGAGGAGUCUUUCCUUUGCUCUACCGUGAACAUCCAGAGGCUGUUUGGGCAGAUGAUGUGGAUCGGCGGGUGCAAUUUGGCAUUGAAAGUGGAAAGCUCCGUGGCUUCCUUUGUGUUGGGGACCUGGUGAUUGUGGUGACAGGGUGGCGACCUGGCUCAGGCUACACCAACAUUAUGAGAGUGCUGAGGGUAUCCUGAGAAGUCCCACCCUCCUCAGACCCAGUCUACCAUACACCCUACCCUUUCCUCCCUUCUCCACUUCCUCCAACCCACUUCCCUCCAGAGCCCCGGAUCUAAGCCUUUUCUCCUCUCCUCCCACCCUCCCUAUUUGUGGGCUGUCCAAGACCACAUAUGCUAUAAACCCCCAUGCCAGCAUGCCCCUCCCCCUCCGUUUCAUACAUGCCCUGAAAAUCUGUGUCCAAUUACACGCAAGCUGCCCAACAGC